UCCUUCUAAAUAUCAAAGAUAAAUGGAGAAAAAUAUAAACUUAACGAAAAUGCCUAUAUAAUAGGCAUAGGAAAUAAAAAUGCGAUUUUCAGCUUACUUUAAUAUAGAUGACACUAUUUUCCUAUUUAUCCAAAUCAUAUGUUUCUGCUUACAAUUCUACGUUUCAUCCAUCAAAAAUUUGGAUCCGCUAUAUUCCUUUGAUCUACGUCAAUCCUUCAAAAGAUUUUUGGGACAGAAAAAUGACACCUUCCCAGAACCGUUCAAAAUUUUGCUCGAAGAAAAUGGCUUUUUCUAUGUCGGAGGAAGGAAUAGACUUUACAAUUUGAGUGUGUCAGCUGAUGAUGGAUCGAUUCUGGAGCAUAAGCAUAUAAUUUGGGACGUGCCUAAUGACAAAGUCGAAGACUGCGGUAAAUACUAUUCGAUUAAAGAUUGCCAAAAUUACAUCAUGUUAAUGGCCAAGUUGUCAGCCGAUAAAUUUAUCGUCUGUGGAACUUACGCCUACGAACCAAAGUGCAGGAAAUAUCUAUUAACAAACGUACCAAAUGGUGAAGGAAGUUACAACGUUCUUGAGUCAGAAAUUACGGGCCUGGGAUUCGUGCCUCUUAACCCUUACCAAAAUUUUUCUUACACCGUAGCAGGCGGCGAAAUUUAUUCCGCCACAUUCGUGGAUAAGUGGAGCGAACAGCCUAUAAUAUAUCGAGACCCGGUGCGUACGGUUCACGAAUUCGCUCCGGCCCUCAACGGGCCUCAAUUUAUCCACAGUUUUACGCACGAUGGGUACGCUUAUUUUUUGUUCAACGAGUGGUCUAUGCUUUCUCCAGACUAUGGGAAAAAGGCACCCCUCCGGGUAGUGGAGGCUAGAAUAGGAAGGGUAUGCAUAGGAGACACUGGCUACUUGGAUCUCAUUUACGAUAAACCUCUAAUAUGGAAAACAUUUCUAAAAGUUAAGAUGGUUUGUAAAGUGCCUAAUGGGGAUAACGAAGAAGAUAGGAUUAAUGGUGCCUCUAAAAGCACGCCCCAUCACUAUAGUGAUUACGCGGACACUUUUCGCGCUCGUUAUAAUCCUAAUCCUUCCCUCUCAUUUGAUCCCCGCGAUCGUCGAGACAUUACUGCCACUAUUUUUGACUCCUUAGUCGCUUCUACAAGCCCUCAAAAUAUAAAGUUAGAUACAGAAUCAAACCCCGACCGAUUUUAUUCGGUCUUUACUGCCCCAAGUCCACUUGGUACUAUACCAAUUUCGGUUUUGUGUCGGUUUGAUACCGAUGAAAUAGCUAAAAUUUUUAAAACCGGUAUUGAUACUAUGGACGAAAGGAUGAUCCGAUCCGGUGUAAAAAGAGUCCCUCGUGGGUCAACCGGAAAGCCUGGAGAGUGCGGAUACGAUUUAGUCGACCCUGGAGAAGCGGAAUACUUACAAAAGUUUGCCCUUCUACACGGAAACGACGAGAACAAAGGGCUCGGAAACAUUUUGGAAAUAGAAGGAAAACCAUUAAAUGUAUGGUCAGGGAGACGACCUUCUGCUAUCACGGCGGUAUAUAACUAUGAGAAAAGGGAAGGCGUAGAAACGGAUCAAGUGUAUCUAGGAACCAGCGAGGGUGAGGUUUACCGUAUAAGCAUCUCAACUCAACCUCGUUCGAACGCUCCUCACCAAUAUAAAUCGGAUUCUGUUGACACGAUGAUGAAAGGAAAAAGCUCGGCAAAGAUAAUUUCGAUUAUGGUAAAUGAGAGACUGAUAGUAUCUAAUAAAAGAGCAAUCAUUACGGGCCUUUACACUUUAGCUAAAGCUAAACGAUUAUUGGUAGCAAUCGCCACUGGAAACGGUCGUUCUACUUCUAUCCUUGCCAGUUUAGCGGGUAAUCAAUGUGGGAGACCUUAUGGAAAUUUUUCUUGUCACGGCUUGGAAGAUUACAACAAUAACGUAUGGAGUAACGAAGAAAUGGAGAGAGACGAGCAAUUUAACGACAAUGAAAUGGAAGGAACAAACCAAGAGCCAAGUAAAUACACCCCUUCCUCGUCCGCUCACUAUAUUAACACUUACCGAGACUCCAAAAUAAAGCCACAAGGCGCUAGAGAUUUGAAUUACAACGAUCCUUCUCAUCCAUCAAAAUUUCCGCAAACUUCUCAUAAUUACAAUAACGACGAUAAUCGAAUAGAUGAUUCCCCUCGCUUUUACCAGUCUAGAGGCAACCCUGCUCACUGUCCUCAACAACCAAUAUCUAAUUCUCAAGGAAAUAUGGCUGAACGUUUAAGCUUAGCUAUAACAUUUAGCGUGUGUAUUGCCUCACUUUUGGGCUGUUGGAUAGGGUUCAAGCUUAAAACUAGGUUAGAUAGGUUGAGGAAAGACAGACAUCUAGAUUUAGGUAGUGGUGGUUGUCGCGACUUAAUGGCCAUCAAUAUGAGCUCGAUUCGCAAUAUGAACAAAGAUUCUGGCAAGGAUUGUGUUAACGAUAAGCUCGAAAGUGGAGGGGUAGAUAAAGGACAAAGAUUUCUUUCCUCAUUUUCGCCUUUCGUGGACUACCGAGUAGGCGCUAACAAACAACCCCUAGAUGACACUAACCUAAACCACAGCAAUAAUAAUGGGAACAAUUUUUUUUCCUUUUUUUUGCCAACCACUCCCAUCAACAACGCGUUGAACUCUCAUCCUCUUGAACAAUCCGAUCUUGAUCAGGCUUCUCCCUUAAACGCUGUAGUAGUUCCGCCAUAUUUCGCUAACUUUCCCAAUAACUUAAAUAACUUAAAUCCAUUUGCCAACUUAACCCUACUUAAACAUUCAAACGGUCAGCAAUACCUAUGCAAUGCCUAUGGGCCUCCUAUCAAUCUCCAACAUCAGCCACCAUUAUCAGAACAACCCUCUCCGUCCAUUUAUGAGCCUCCUCCUCAACCACCCCUACCCAGACUACCUCCACCUGUUUAUAAUGUUAAUAAUUGCCCCGUAACUGGGACGGAUAAUACGAUUAGAAGGGUGUACUACUUUCAACAACCAAACCAUUACGAUAUAAAUGAUAACGCUAAUAAUUCUCAAUUACCCGCUAUAAUCAACCAAAAUAAUAUCCCGCAUUUCAACGAAUUUAAGGAAUUCCACCCUAAGGAGAAUAUUAACACAUCGAUUAGCGAUGGAACCGGAAGUUAUGAUGAAAAUUGUUUAAACCGUAACAAUAAAGGGGAUUAUAUUGGUCGUAAACCUCUUCCGCCGCCUAGACCUAACUAAAAUAUAUAAAUAUAUAUACAUCUUUUUUAUACUUUAUAACUAAACGAAUAAAAAAUAAAUUUUUAAAAAAUAUCGUAAUGUUUGAUGAAAACAUCGCCAAUUAUUUUUUUUGACAGUGUUUUUGCUCAAAAUGGAACAAAAUAUUAUAAAAUUAUCCUAUUAUUUCGCGAAUGUUUUGUUUUAAACAUAACCGACUAUGUAUAUAAUUAUGUCAAUUAUCAGAGAUUUUACCGAAUAUGAAUUAUUUUCUUUUAGAAAAAUUACGAUAUUAAAAAAAUAAUACCCCCAUAUAAUAUUAAAUAUAAUAUGUUAUAUAGAUUACUAAUUAAUAUAUAAAUCGUUAUUUAUAAAUUAUAGAUCGAGAUGCCAGAUUAUAAUAAAUUAAAUUUACCCCUUUUAAACUUCAAAUAUUUGUUGAAUUAAAGCGCCAAAUCUAAAAGCAUUUACAAAUUU